CAGGGAGGCAGAGAGGGUAUAAAAAGGGCUGCAGAGCAGCAGAGCAGACACCGAGGCUCAGACAGGAACCACCAUGAAGGCUUUCAUUCUUUUGGCCCUGUUCGCAGUGGCUUAUGCUGCUCCCAUUGAGGAUGACAAGAUUGUUGGAGGCUAUGAGUGCAGAAAGAACUCUGUGCCCUACCAGGUCUCUCUGAACUCUGGCUACCACUUCUGUGGAGGCUCCCUGAUCUCCAGCACCUGGGUGGUGUCUGCUGCUCACUGCUACAAGUCCCGCAUCCAGGUGCGUCUUGGUGAGCACAACAUUGCAGUCAAUGAGGGCACAGAGCAGUUCAUCAACUCUGCCAAGGUCAUCCGUCAUCCCAGAUACAGCAGCCGCAACCUGGACAAUGACAUCAUGCUGAUCAAGCUGAGCAAGCCCGCCACCCUGAACAGCUACGUCCGCACCGUGUCCCUGCCCUCCAGCUGUGCCAGCUCUGGCUCUCGCUGUCUCAUCUCUGGAUGGGGCAACAUGAGCGGCUCUGGAAGCAACUACCCUGACCGUCUGAGGUGCCUGGAUGCUCCCAUCCUGAGCGACAGCAGUUGCAGAUCCUCCUACCCUGGACAGAUCACCUCCAACAUGUUCUGUGCUGGCUUCCUCGAGGGAGGCAAGGACUCCUGCCAGGGAGACUCUGGUGGCCCUGUUGUGUGCAAUGGUCAGCUGCAGGGUGUGGUGUCCUGGGGUUACGGCUGUGCCGAGAGGAACCAGCCUGGAGUCUACGCCAAGGUCUGCAACUACAACUCUUGGAUCCGCAGCACCAUGUCCUCCAACUAAAUGGAUGACUCUUUGGUUGGCAGCCGGUCUCAUGUGUUUCAUGGCUGAAACAUGGGCUUGGAAAUUAACAACAAUUAUGCCCAAAAUCACUGUGAACACAUUGUAAAGUUGACUUGUUGUAAAAUAAAAAUUAUUCUACAUAA